CGUCGAAAUCUCGUUAUAAUUUGUGCAAUUUUCUGUUUAAAUUGAUACAGCCUAUUGUUAAAUUAAUCCUAACAUUACUGUGCUGUCGGACUAAAGCUGUAGUGUAAGAUAGUGGCUCGGUCGGUAGCAAAAUAGCGUUAAUUUUAUGAGGUAAACCUGGGAGCUGCGCUUCACUCACACACCAGUUCAUUUAUCUUAAGCAGCCAAAGCUUCUGAGAUUUUCGUAAGUUCAGAAGCAACAAGUGGUAUUCUGGCCGUAUUGACUGUAACGCUGUGUUAAUUAAGUGAAAUAUUGUUCAAGAUUUACAAAGAAUGCUUGCAAAUAGUUGAAUCCUGAAUUCCGCGAGGAUUGCGCGAAAAAGUGCGAUUAUUUUGAAAAGUGCUACUGGUGUUUGACACUUACACAGUCACCCACACCUCGAAAGAACGAGUUUUUUUUUUGGUUUAUUCCGUUUUCGAUUGUGUGCUGUAAAACGCAAUACUAAUACGUUCAACCAGCGGAGGCACACGCAGAUUCAAACAGAAGAAGGCUGUGAAGCUCGCGAUCACCCGUGGAUUGCUUUCGGAAUUGGAUUUUGAUCGGCUCUUCUUCACGUCUACUGCCGCCUAUUUGGAGCUGCGGGCCAGUCCAGUGUUGAAUCGAAAAAUAUUUUUUUCGUGCUUCUGCUGUUCUACUGCUUUGCUUGUUGGAUGAAAUUUAUUUUGACGAUUUCCAAAAUGCAUCUACAUGGUCUGGCAACAUCACCAAAUCACCGAACACGACAAACGGUUAUCCGUGAUUAACUGCAAUUAGAAUCAACAGCGAUCGAACGCUAUUUUCGAAACAUCACACUACACAUUGCAAUCGAUGGUUUUGCAAAACGAAAAGGAAUCCAAAAAGCCGCUGGGUUCCGCGCACACUAGUGCAUCAGUAGCGGUAAUUGGCAGCGGAACUGGAAGUGCGGCUGUUUCGGCAAGUGGAACCUCUUCCUCUACAAUCGUCCCGGGUAACAUCGGAAAUGGAAACAAUACACUCACAUCUCCGAUGAACGAACAACCGAUGUCGAAACGACAGCGAAUUGAAAAUGAUUCCGACGUCGUGGACAGUUCGAGUGGUAAUUCUUCCAAUGGAUCAUCGCUUUUAGCGUCAGCCAGUUCUAGUUCAACGUCCCUCUCAUCGUCUCCGCCGACGUCCUCUUCUUCGCCCUCAUCGAACGCAUCUACAACGGCAGUUGUUCCGGUUGCCACUCCGUCACCGGCAGUUUUGGAUAGGCCAGAUUCCAGACCAGAAGCGGAAGAUGAGGAACUGCUUCUACGACAGGUGUCUGGUUAUCAAGCGCUGUUUCAGGAAGCUAUUUCCCGACAAUGCCUAUGUCGACUCGAAACCGAGGUGCUAUUAAUGUCCUUUCAAUCGUACUAUGUAUGCAGAGAUGCGUCCCCAUUGGACACCAAGGGAAAUCGAAGAGUAGGAAAAAUACGACAAUUGCUUCCAAUGAUUGAGUGGCCGUUCGAAUAUCUGCUCAAGUUUUUGUCCAAUGUACAACUGCUCUUUGAUACGUACUUGAAACAAAAUAUCAAAGGUAACAUAUGCUCCGGGAUAAUGGACAUGUGUAAUUAUCUCAUACGGAGCGAAAAUCAACAGCAGCCGGAAGCGGAUUUUGUUUCGAUGAACGUCGAUGAGAUUAUUGGCUUGUGUAAUUACAAUAACAAGUUUAUAAACUACCUAUCCGGAAGGAUUUUAUCCUCGUUCCUGAUUAUAAUUAAGGACGACUGGGACGACAGGUGGCUGGAGAAGAUCGUAGCAAAUUUAUUUGGCUUUCACCAAGCGGAUUUUCUGGCGGUCAAAAAAAUCAACUUUAGUUUGGAUAUUAUUAAGCAGAUUGUAGAAUGGAAAGAUGAAACCGAACAUCCACUAGAGGAAGACAUUCAAAGUGGACAAGCGCCAGUUGCUGGACCUUCCGGGUCUGGAGGGUUUCAUGCACCUCCAUUGGAAAAUAACUACUUUGCCACACAUUACGGUUCGCAACAGUAUGGAGGAGAAGCUUUAACUAAUAGCAUUUUUAGUCCGUCAUCUGCCUCAUCUCCACUGACAGACACGGGUGCGUUUCCCUUGUCCAGUCACAGCGCAAUAAGUCAGCACCAACAGCCCCUCCAGCAGCAUCCUAGCGGCAGUAUAUCUUCAAGUUCCUCCCAACAAGUAUGCCAUAUUAUCACUUUAACGGAUUCGGAAAGCUUCGAUACCUCAAGAAUCAAAUGCGAAACUAUUUGCGUCCUUGGUCGAAAGUGGUCGGCGCUUGUGAAAAUCAUCAGCAAAUUAAUUCCGGAGGUGUCUCGACCAAACAACACACAAAGCAUAGCUACGGAAACCUGUAUCUUAACGUUCCUGCGACUCUGGGAAAGUAUAAUCAGUGUUAAAGCAAACUUAUCGGUGGUGGAAACAAAACCGUUCUGUUCGAAACUAGACGAGUUUCAUGCCCUGCUUCUAUCGACUGAAAACGCUGUGAUAUACAAGCAGAUGUUAACGUUGUUUAACGAAGCGCUCUGCUAUGGCAGUACAUUAGCGUUGCAGGAUUUUAUUCCCGAAGAAGUAGGCAGUCUGGCUCACAGUGUUGUCAGAUCCGUCAAGGACCACCGCAUAUUAGAUAAGAUGCCGAAAUCAAUAUACACAAGCGGGAUAGGAUUCCUUGGGCAUAAAGGUGAAGUCGUGCAGUAUCAUGAUAGUCGUCUAUCUCCUUUAACGGACCAGAAUGGAAGGUGUAGUUACGCUGGUAGCAGUAGCAGUAGUAGUUCUCAGAACACAGCCUCUACUUCCUCGUCUGCCGGAUCCCAUUACGAUAGAACGCUUAUGCAGAAAAUGGCACUCUUGGUCCUGAAGGCUGUAGCAGUUAUCGUUAAGGAAAUUCGGUGUGAUUCCAGCGAUAGUAGUGUGGACAGUAGUGAUAUUGACAUGCAAGAAAUUCAAAUGAUUGAGCGAAGCAUUCGGGAUGUAGUUCGGAAACUGGAAGCCUAUCUUAAGCAUCAGCUCGAGUUUCAUCCGGACAGUCACUUCAGCCAAGUGUUAAUACAUCUGUUUGAUGAUCAGGACGACUAUUUGGUGGAGGCUAUGGUGUGUACGCUAGACGUUACAUCCGGUAUAUCGUUUCGUAAUAAUGCUUUCCCGGAACUUAUCGCCAUUCUGAAUCCAGUCUACACGUUUAUUGAGUUUUCCAAUCUGGGACCGAAUAUUACGCACCUUUUUCUGGACUUGCUGAUCAGCACGGAGACCUGUUUUCUGCUGUUCUUGCUCCGGUUUCUAAAGUACAUUCGUCAAAAUUGGGCUAUGUUUACGGAAAGUUGUUCGAGUUACUAUAGGCACAACAGCUACAGCAACGCCAGAGCAGUCAUGUACAAUAGCAGCAGUGCUGCCUUGCAGAGCAAUCAACAAAAUCAGAACGUGGUGCUGGAUAAUGUUAUGACGGUGCUUAUUAGUUUGCGGCUGCAAAUCAGUCGUCUCGUUGCAGAUACCAUUUUUCCGUACAACAUUGGUCCGAUCUUGCGGUUGAUCGAGAACUGCGAGAGUUUGUACGAAGGCAAUGAAUUAAGUUGAGGUAAGUUCAGUACCUAGUAUGUAAAAAAAAAUUGCGACCAGGAAUUCUGUUUGUGAUGCAAAAAAGUGCCAGAAAGCGAAAACUAUUCAAACAGUACUAAGCUUAUAGGUCGAUAAAUCCCAGUGAAUCUUAGGAAAACUAUUUUGAAUGUUUGAUAAUUCUAUUUUAGACAUGUGGCUAUAACUUAAAUUUUCUUACCUUCAACUUCUGUUAGAUAUCUAACGUAAACAUUUUUUUAAAUAAUAACUUUAACUUUUCUACCCUAUGCAAAAUGUUUGGAUUAAUUGCGCCUACGGACAUAUUUUUAUGUUGUUCGACAAUCCUUCAAAGAGUUUGGCGCAAAACUAUUCUUAUUCUUGUUCACUUGUCCUUUAGUUGCGUUGUCGCACUGCAAGUUCAAUAAAUGAUAAAAUCAAGUACAUAAUCUGCACGCUCCCUAGGUUUGAGUGUAUGUACUCAAUCUUGGCCAAUUGUCAAAAAUUGUUGCAUCAAAAACGUUUUGCCACCUGCAACCAUCUAGUUUAGUACACCUCAUCCAGAAAAUCUCCACAACAUCUCAUUGACGAGCAUUAACAAUAAUGGGCAACGAGCAUCACAAACAUUAUUCAUGUUCCAGACAAUAAGUAUGAAUCCAGGAAAUUAAGAAUUUGGUUCAAAAAUUAUCUUCGGCUAUUUGUUAAGGUCAAAAUAUGUUCAAAGCAGGAGUAUUUAUCGUUAGUUUUAUGUAUUCGGAAGAAAUAAAAUAUUAGAAUUAUUCAGAAUCAAAAUUGGAUCCUAAAACACUAUCUCCACUGUAUCUAAAAAGUGACUAGUAGAUCAACUUCAAAACUGUUUAGAGCAUACUGCCGGCUGCUAAACUUAGUGCCUUAGUGCCGAUUCACUCCGCGAAAUCGGAUGAAUCUAGUUUCCAAGUACUUCCGCAAUGGCAAACCUGAGACGUUCCGCUUUGCAGACUGAUUGUUAAAAUAGAAGAAGUUCUCUCUCACACGAUGUCGUCAUCGUGUUAGUCGAUAAUUUUGACCCCGGAGGUUUCCCGGAGGUAUUUUGGUUAUCCGAUUAGUAUAUUUGUAAAUAAUAGCGUUACAGCAACGACAAUAAAAAGAAUGCAGAAAAUUCUUAUCGAAAAACAUUGAGAGUAAACUGAAGUUCAUAAUAAAGGCAUGAAUUGAAUAACGAUUUUAGUCUAAAUGUUUUUCGGUGGAAUGUUCCAAAUCCGGAAACCAAUCACUGUGCUUGCAGUGUUAGUAGUAACACUCUCGUCCUAUCAACCGGUCUAUGUUUGUAUGUUACAUUUGUAUAAAUUGUAAUUAAGUUUCUACUAAAAUUCGCUUAUAAGAAAAAGAAGAAAAUUUAAUUUAUGGUGACCACCUACAGAUAAUUUAUAUCCUUAGAAAACAUAUAUACGCGUGUGUGUGAAAUAAUUAGUUAGGUUUUAUUAAGCAAAAAAUAAUUUAUACCUAAUUCAGUUCGCCCGAUGUGUACA